CAUGACUUUACUAUUUAAGCAAAGCCAAAGCAUGCUUACAAGUUCAAAGCACAAUUUUAGAAAGGAUUUAAUUAAGUAUAAUAACACAAAGAAACAGAGUAAAAGAAAGAAAAAUGGAUUUUAAGAAGGAAGAAACACUUCGUAGAGGGCCAUGGCUCGAAGAAGAAGACGAACGGCUAGUGAAGGUCAUUAGUCUUUUGGGAGAACGUCGUUGGGAUUCUUUAGCAAUAGUUUCCGGUACACUUUGAAACCUUAUUUUGUGUCACUUUCCAAAAAUAGAAAUUUACAUGUCCGAAAUAUAUGUUUGUUGUGUUCAUACGUAUAGGUUUGAAGAGGAGUGGUAAGAGUUGCAGGCUAAGGUGGAUGAACUAUCUGAAUCCGACUCUGAAGCGUGGACCGAUGAGUCAAGAAGAAGAGAGAAUCAUCUUUCAGCUCCAUGCUCUAUGGGGUAACAAGUGGUCGAAGAUUGCGAGAAGAUUACCCGGUAGGACUGAUAACGAGAUAAAGAACUAUUGGAGAACUCAUUAUAGAAAGAAACAGGAAGCUCAAAACUAUGGAAAGCUCUUUGAGUGGAGAGGAAAUACAGGAGAAGAAUUGUUGCACAAGUAUAAGGAAACAGAGAUCACUAGGACAAAGACGACGUCUCAAGAACAUGGUUUUGUUGAAGUUGUGAGCAUGGAAAGUGGUAAAGAAGCCAACGGUGGUGUUGGUGGAAGAGAAAGCUUCGGUGUUAUGAAAUCACCGUAUGAAAAUCGGAUUUCGGAUUGGAUAUCAGAGAUUUCUACUGACCAGAGUGAAGCAAAUCUUUCAGAAGAUCACAGCAGCAAUAGCUGCAGUGAGAACAAUAUUAACAUUGGUACUUGGUGGUUUCAAGAGACUAGGGACUUUGAGGAGUUUUCAUGUUCUCUAUGGUCAUAAUUCUAAAGUUGGUUUAUUUACUUUUUAACUGAUGGAUAAUUGAAUUCGAAAGUGCUAUAUUAAAGUAACAAGUGUUCCAAUAUUCAACCUUAAUGUACACAAAUAUGUAAAAUUUGAACUCAAUUUGAAUCGGUUAUCAAUAUGAAAUUUGAAUCGCAAGUUUAGUCAAGGUC